AUGGAGGAGGUGGUGGGAGUGGCAUUGAAGGAAGUGGUGGUGGUGGUAGUGAAACUGGUGUUAGCGAUGAUGGAGAAGGUGGUGGUAGUGGCGAUAUGGGUGGUGGUGGUGGUAGUGAAAUUGGUGGACGUGGUGGACUGGAACCUCACGUGGCACACCAGCAACCCCGACUUCACCAAGUGCUUUCAGAACACGGCCCUCAUAUGGGUGCCUUGUCUUUAUCUCUGGGCCUGCUUCCCCUGCUACUUCCUCUAUCUCUCCCGGCAUGACCGGGGCUACAUCCAGAUGACACAUCUCAACAAAGCCAAAACGGCCUUGGGGUUUUUGCUGUGGAUCGUCUGCUGGGCAGACCUCUUCUACUCUUUCUGGGAAAGAAGUCAGGGCGCGGUCCUGGCCCCGGUGUUGCUGGUUAGUCCAACCUUCUUGGGCAUUACCAUGCUGCUGGCUACCUUCCUAAUCCAGCUGGAGAGAAGGAAGGGAGUCCAGUCCUCAGGGAUCAUGCUCACUUUCUGGCUGGUAGCCCUGGUCUGUGCUGCUGCCAUCUUGAGAUCCAAAAUCAUGACUGCCUUAAAAGAGGAUGCCCACGUCGAUAUGUUUCGAGACACCACCUUCUACGUCUACUUUUCCCUUGUGCUGGUCCAGCUCGUGUUGUCCUGCGUCUCGGACCGCUCGCCCCUGUUCUCGGAGACCAUCAGUGACGCGAACCCUUGCCCGGAGUCCAGCGCCUCCUUCCUUUCCAGAAUCACCUUCUGGUGGAUCACCGGGUUGAUGGUCCAGGGCUACCGCCACCCGCUGGACAGCACAGACCUCUGGUCCCUGAAUCAGGAGGACACCUCUGAGCAGGUGGUGCCUGUUUUGGUGAAGAACUGGAAGAACGAGUGUGCCAAGUCUAGGAAGCAGCCGGUGAAGAUUGUGUACUCCUCCAAGGACCCUGCCAAGCCCAAAGGGGGCUCCAGGGUGGACGUGAAGGAGGAGGCCGAGGCUUUGAUCGUCAAGACCCCACAGAAGGAGUGGAACCCAUCCCUGUUCAAGGUGUUAUACAAGACCUUUGGGCCCUACUUCCUCAUGAGCUUCUUAUUUAAGGCGAUUCAUGACCUGAUGAUGUUUGCCGGCCCAGAAAUCUUAAAGCAGCUCAUCAACUUUGUCAACGACAAGAAGGCCCCAGACUGGCAGGGCUACUUCUACACGGCGCUGCUCUUCAUCAGCGCCUGCCUGCAGACGCUUGUGCUGCACCAGUACUUCCACAUCUGCUUCGUCAGCGGCAUGAGGAUCAAGACCGCCGUCAUCGGGGCCGUCUACCGCAAGGCCCUGGUGAUCACCAAUUCAGCCAGAAAGUCAUCCACGGUCGGGGAGAUUGUCAACCUCAUGUCUGUAGACGCCCAGCGGUUCAUGGACUUGGCCACGUAUAUUAACAUGGUCUGGUCAGCGCCUCUGCAAGUCAUGCUUGCUCUCUACCUCCUGUGGCUGACCCUGGGCCCGCCUGUCCUGGCCGGAGUGGCUGUGAUGGUCCUCAUGGUUCCGCUCAAUGCAGUGAUGGCGAUGAAGACCAAGACCUACCAGGUGGCGCACAUGAAGAGCAAAGACAACCGGAUUAAGCUGAUGAAUGAAAUUCUCAACGGCAUCAAGGUUUUAAAGCUGUACGCCUGGGAGCUGGCUUUCAAGGAGAAGGUGUUGGGCAUAAGGCAGGAGGAGCUGAAGGUCCUGAAGAAGUCUGCUUACCUGGGAGCCGUGGGGACCUUCACCUGGGUCUGCACACCUUUCCUGGUGGCCCUGUCUACAUUUGCUGUGUUCGUGACCGUCAACGAGAACAACGCCCUGGACGCCCAGAAAGCCUUCGUUUCCUUGGCCUUGUUCAACAUCCUGCGGUUUCCCCUGAACAUCCUCCCCAUGGUCAUCAGCAGCAUGGUGCAGGCAAGCGUCUCCCUCAAACGCCUGAGGGUCUUCCUGUCCCACGAGGAGCUGGAGCCCGACAGCAUUGAGCGGAAGCCGGCCAAAGACGGUGGGGGGACGGACAGCAUUACGGUGAAGAAUGCCUCCUUCACCUGGUCCAGGAGCGACCCCCCGACGCUGAACGGCAUCACCUUCUCGGUCCCGGAAGGUGCCUUAGUGGCCGUGGUGGGCCAAGUGGGCUGUGGGAAGUCGUCACUGCUCUCAGCACUGUUGGCCGAGAUGGACAAGAUGGAGGGGCACGUGGCCAUCAAGGGCUCGGUGGCCUACGUCCCCCAGCAGGCCUGGAUCCAGAAUGACUCCCUCCAGGAAAACAUCCUCUUUGGGCGCCAGAUGCAGGAGCAGUAUUACCAGGCUGUGGUUGAGGCCUGUGCCCUCCUGCCAGACCUGGAGAUGCUGCCCAGCGGGGACCGCACGGAGAUUGGCGAGAAGGGCGUGAACCUGUCUGGGGGUCAGAAGCAGCGUGUGAGCCUGGCCCGGGCUGUGUACUGCAACGCCGACGUCUACCUCUUGGAUGACCCUCUCUCGGCCGUGGACGCCCACGUGGGAAAGCACAUAUUUGAAAAUGUGGUGGGCCCCAAGGGGAUGCUGAAAAACAAGACGCGGAUCCUGGUCACACACGGCAUCAGCUACCUGCCACAGGUGGAUGUCAUCAUCGUCAUGAGUGGAGGCAAGGUCUCAGAGAUGGGCUCCUACCAGGAGCUGCUGGCCCGCGACGGGGCUUUCGCUGAGUUCCUGGGCACCUACGCCAGCACAGAGCAGGAACAGGACCCUGAGGACGAAGGGCCCGUGAGUGGCGGCAGUCCAGCGAAGGAGGUGCAGCUGAUGGAGAAUGGAGUGCUGGUGACAGACGCUUCGGGGAAGCAGCUGCAGAGACAGCUCAGCAGCCACUCGUCCUACAGCGGCGACACGCACAAGCCCCACAGCAGCACGGCGGAGCUGCAGAGGGAUGAGGAGGCGCAGAAGGAGGCCACCUGGAAGCUGAUGGAGGCAGACAAGGCUCAGACGGGGAAGGUCAAGCUGGCUGUGUACUGGGACUACAUGAAGGCCAUUGGACUCUUCAUCUCCUUCCUGAGCAUCUUCCUCUUCUUGUGCAACCACGUUGCCGCCCUGGCCUCCAACUACUGGCUCAGUCUCUGGACUGACGAUCCCAUUGUCAACGGGACGCAGGAGCACACCAAGCUCCGGCUGGGCGUGUACGGAGCCCUGGGCAUUUCCCAAGGAGUCUCCGUGUUUGGCUACUCCAUGGCGGUGUCCAUAGGGGGCAUCCUGGCCUCCCGCCACCUGCACCUGGACCUGCUGCACAACGUCCUGCGGUCGCCCAUGAGCUUCUUCGAGCGGACGCCCAGCGGGAACCUGGUGAACCGCUUCUCCAAGGAGAUGGACACGGUGGACUCCAUGAUCCCGCAGGUCAUCAAGAUGUUCAUGGGCUCCCUGUUCAACGUCAUCGGCGCCUGCAUCAUCAUCCUGCUGGCCACGCCUAUUGCCGCCGUCAUCAUCCCGCCCCUGGGACUCAUCUACUUCUUCGUCCAGAGGUUCUACGUGGCCUCCUCGCGGCAGCUGAAGCGCCUCGAGUCGGUCAGCCGCUCCCCGGUGUACUCCCACUUCAACGAGACCCUGCUGGGCGUCAGCGUCAUCCGAGCCUUCGAGGAGCAGCAGCGCUUCAUCCGCCAGAGCGACCUGAAGGUGGACGAGAACCAGAAGGCCUACUACCCCAGCAUCGUGGCCAACCGAUGGCUGGCUGUGCGGCUGGAGUGUGUGGGCAACUGCAUCGUGCUCUUUGCAGCCCUGUUUGCGGUCAUCUCCCGACACAGCCUCAGUGCUGGCCUGGUGGGCCUCUCUGUGUCCUACUCGCUUCAGGUGACCACGUACUUGAACUGGCUGGUGCGGAUGUCGUCCGAGAUGGAGACCAACAUCGUGGCCGUGGAGAGGCUCAAGGAGUAUUCAGAAACCGAGAAGGAGGCUCCCUGGCAGAUUGAGGAGACGGCUCCGCCUAGCACCUGGCCCCAGGUAGGCCGCGUGGAGUUCCAGGACUACAGCCUGCGCUACCGGGAGGACCUGGAGCUGGUGCUGAAGCACAUCAGCGUGACCAUCAGCGGCGGAGAGAAGGUUGGCAUCGUUGGGAGGACGGGAGCUGGGAAGUCAUCCCUGACCUUGGGCUUGUUCCGGAUCAACGAGUCUGCAGAGGGGCAGAUCCUCGUUGACGACGUUAACAUCGCCCAAAUUGGCUUGCACAGCCUGCGCUUCAAGAUCACCAUCAUCCCUCAGGACCCCGUGUUGUUCUCGGGCUCCCUCCGCAUGAACCUGGACCCCUUCAGCCAGUACUCGGACGACGAGGUCUGGACGUCACUGGAGCUGGCCCACCUGAAGAGCUUCGUGUCCGCCCUUCCCGAUAAGCUGAACCACGAGUGCGCGGAAGGCGGUGAGAACCUGAGUGUCGGGCAGCGCCAACUUGUGUGCCUGGCCCGGGCCCUGCUGCGGAAGACCAAGAUCCUGGUGCUGGAUGAGGCCACAGCCGCCGUGGACCUGGAAACGGACGACCUCAUUCAGUCCACCAUCCGGACUCAGUUCGAGGACUGCACCGUCCUCACCAUUGCUCACCGGCUCAACACCAUCAUGGACUACACAAGGGUGAUCGUCCUGGACAAAGGGGAGAUCCGGGAAUGUGGCUCCCCCGCCAGCCUCCUGCAGCAGAGGGGUCUGUUCUACAGCAUGGCCAGAGACGCUGGCUUGGUGUGAGCCCGGAGCCGCUGCCCACCAGCUCCCAGGACAAGCGGACCCUCCAGGACCCCAGCCUCCAGUACAGAAACCAAAAAAAAAGAGAAGAAACCACCCCCCAACCAAAGCCCCACCUGUGACUGCCGCCUGGGGUGGGCCGGGCUGAGCGGGAGGGACGCCCGUUCCUCCCUCCGUACGCUGUGCUCCGCUGCUCAUGCACGGCCCUCGGCCUUGGCAUGCACGCUCGCGCCCGCUGGUUCUUCCCGCGGGUGUUCGCGGCAGCCAGACCGCUGGAGACACGGGUUGUCUAAUGACCAAAUCCAGCCAACUGCCUCACGUCUCUCCAGCCCGCCUUACCGGCUGUGUCUUCAGGGAGCCUCCUGCUCCAUCCGGUCCCUGGUCACCAACUCUACCCAGAAUGGGCUCUUUCCCUGCCGCUGCAGUUUUGAGGCAAAGGGACUGGCGGAAACCCUGCCCACCACAGGGAAGUCCAGGGAGCCACAGGUCAGACGCCUGCUCUUCCAGGAACUCGGACGCAGGGAACCGCGAGCGUGCCCUGCAGGAGGUCAGGGCCAAGGGGCCGUGCUUGUCUCACUGCGGACUUCCUCCCGAAGCCCUCCAGUCUUCCCAUGCGCUCUUCCGGCCUGUUUGCCCAUCCCUAGAACAGGUGCGCGGAGAGACGAGGCGCU